ACAAUAUUUCCAGGACCUUCUGGAAAAUAAGGAGAAUCCCUCCAUCGGCCAUCUCGCCAGACUCUUUAUUCACAUUGCCUCUCGUUUCUCUCUCUUUCCCAGUUCCUCUAUCGAUUUCUCCAUGGCUUUUCCUCAAAAUCAUUUUCAGCAGCAGUACCAACCUCAACAACAACAUCAGCAGUCCAAGAACUUGAGAAAUUUGUAUUCAAUCGAUGGACAGAUUACUCCGUCUAUCGCCUAUUACAAUCCAGCUAAUUUGCAAGAUCAGUCUCAAAAUCCUCCCUAUAUUCCGCCUCCUUUUCAUGUCGUGGGGUUUGCACCGGGUCCAGCUCCUGUAGCUGAUGGAAGUGAUGGGGGAGUUGAUUUGCAAUGGAAUUAUGGGCUGGAACCUAAGAGAAAGAGGUUAAAGGAGCAAGAUUUUUUGGAAAAUAAUUCACAAAUUUCAUCAAUUGACUUCUUGCAAGCACGAUCGGUUUCAACUGGGUUAGGAUUGUCCCUUGACAAUACCCGAGUUUCAUCUUCUGGAGACUCCACGUUGAUUUCACUUAUUGGUGACGACAUUGAUAGGGAAUUUCAACGGCAGGAUGCAGAGAUUGAUAGAUUCCUCAAAGUUCAGGGUGAUCGAUUGCGUCAAACCAUCCUAGAGAAGGUUCAGGCUAACCAACUCCAAACUAUCUCGCUUGUGGAAGAAAAAAUUCUUCAAAAGCUUCGCGAAAAAGAAGCAGAGGUUGAGAGCAUUAACAAGAGGAACAUGGAGCUUGAAGAAAGAAUGGAACAAUUAUCUGUGGAAGCAGGUGCUUGGCAGCAACGCGCUAGGUACAAUGAAAAUGUGAUAAAUGCCCUCAAGUUUAAUCUUCAGCAAGUCUAUGCUAAAAGUAGAGAUAGUAAAGAAGGGUGUGGUGACAGUGAGGUGGAUGAUACUGCUUCUUGCUGUAAUGGACGUGCCAUUGAUUUUCAUCUGCUCUCUAAGGAGAGCAAUGACAUGAAAGAACUAAUGACUUGUAAGGUUUGCAGAGUCAACGAGGUGUGCAUGCUUCUGAUACCUUGUAAGCAUCUCUGUCUAUGUAAAGAUUGCGAGAGUAAGCUUAGUUUUUGUCCUCUGUGUCAGUCUAAGUUUGUUGCCAUGGAAGUCUAUAUGUAAUAGGAUAUAUAUAUAUAUAUAUAUAUAUAUAUAU